AUGGCCACCCAAACCCCAACCCUCUCCGUAGAGGAAGUCCACACCCUCUCCUCCAAGGCCAUCGCAGCCAAAUCCCUCGCAUACUGCCCCUACUCCAACUUCCGCGUAGGCGCCUGCAUCCUCACCCAGUCGGGCGAGUACAUCCAAGGCGCCAACGUCGAGAACGCCGCGUAUCCCGUCGGGACGUGUGCUGAGCGGGUUGCCUUUGGGACGGCCGUUGUAUGUGCCCUCCCUGCGCCCUUGGAGCAAUCAGUACCGUCGUGGCGUGAGGCUGAUCAUAACAUGAACGCAGGUAGCAGGUCACAAGCAUUUCAGGGCCAUCGCCGUCGCGACGGAUAUCGCGCCGCCUGCGUCGCCGUGUGGCAUGUGUAG